AUGAGCCUGAUCGGCUUCCAGAUCUUCAGAGGCGCGCUCAAUGAUGCCUCUUCGACAUCUUUACCGAUGCAUUCAGUUCACCCCGAGACAACCAGACAGCUGGUAGCUGCCGAAAUUCAGACACCUUAUGCCAGAAACACUAAAUUCUACACCAUCUAUUCCUCUGCCUACAGCACACUAUUGUCUUUUGUGGGCCUGUCUAUUCCCCUCUGUAGUAAGGCCUUAACAUCACCUUGGAAACAGCUUGGCCUCACCACCUCCCUAGCAUCUCUCACCCUUGCGGUCAACACUCCCAUAUUACCAAAUCCCCCCUACAACACCUGCCAUUCCGAGGAGGAUUUGGCCUUCCUGUCUGAGAGACAGGUCAGCCCAGAGAUCUUCGACCUCACUGCCGAGGAAGGUACAGCUGGAUGCUGUAUAGUCAAUGACCAUGUCGACCUCACCAUGACCCCCGGCGCCGGUGAACACCUAGCCCCUAACUGUGGUAAGCGCUGUCUCCCGACAACCAGGUUGCAGAAUGAUAAUAUCAUCCAGGCAGGCUCGUUCCUCCAAGUCGAACCCUUCCACGUGGCCAACUGCUUCGCCGAGUUCAUCCUUGUCAGGGCUCUGUCCCGAUGCGAGACUAUUAACAAUGUUGAGAUCUACGGCACACCCUUCCUGGCUGCUUACUCUGACCUGGCUAUGCUCGAUCUAGUGGCCGGUGAGGUCUACAUGCUUGUCAAACAGGACUCAGAAGGCAAGUUACAGGAUUUCACUAUCACCGGCCUAUCUAUAGCCAAGCAGGUGCACAUGCUCACCAUGACCAACGCAACCCACACCGGCCUUGACCGAAUCAACCCAGAAGAACAUAUCCACUACCCCAGGGACCUGACCUGUCGCUAG